GUUCGUGCGUGUGCGUGAAUUUCAGCGGAAUUUAAGUGACGACGAAGGACAGAAGACAGAUCGACUUGACGCAGGAUUGCUGACUCGCUUGCUUGGCUUUGCUGGAUGGGAUCAACAAGCUACCAUCAGUGAUGGGGGAGCAUGUUCGGGUGCGUGUGCUGGGGCGUGGCGCGUUUGGGCUUGCCGCCCUGUAUCGUCGUGCAGACGGCAGCCUGGUCGUGGUCAAGGAAUGCGACAUCGGCGGCGUCAAGCGCGAUGCCCGCGAGAAGGCGGUUGCGGAGAGCGAGACACUGGCUCUGCUUAAGCAUCCGAACAUCGUCACGUACUUUGACGCCUUUGAGGACCGCUCCAAGUUCUUCAUCGAGAUGGAGUAUGCAGACGCAGGCAACCUACGCCAGCUGAUUGAGGACAGAAAUGGCACCCUCAUUCCACAACAGGAUGUGUUGUUCCUUGCAUGGCAGCUCUUUCAAGGCCUCGCUCACGUCCACUCCUGUGGCGUUCUACACAGGGACAUCAAGAGCGAAAACAUCUUCAUGACAUCACACGGCAUCCUGAAGCUGGGCGACUUCGGGAUUUCCAAGGUGUUGUCUGACAGCGUGCACGCAGAGACGAUGGUGGGCACGCCAUACUACAUGCCCCCAGAGAUGUUCAAAGGGCAGCAGUAUGACGGCAAGUGCGACGUGUUCUCCGCCGGCUGCGUUGUGCAUGAGCUGUGCACACUCCACCGCACGUUCCAGGCGACGAACAUGGGCGCAAUCAUGCACCGAGUCAUGGCCCAGCAGUACGCCCCCAUCUGCGACCGCACGUACUCGCGCGAGCUGCAGUCUGCGAUCACGUCGAUGCUGGAGGUUGACGCGUCGGUUCGACCAUCGGCACAGGAGGUGCUGGACUCGCCAAUCAUGCAGCACCACAGCAGCACGUUCGAUGCAAAGCUUCGCCGCAUGCUGUCCAUUGCCGAGCUGGCGAGUGGUCGGACUGCCUCAUCGUCGUCAUCGUCGUCGUCACGCCUGCCCUCAUCGUCUGGUGUGUUCGUCGCCAAGACCACAUCGCUGUACGUGUGGGGCGGCGGGAAGGCACACUCGCUCAUGGGCACAUUCUCCUCCACGAACGCCGCCCACAUGCUGGCGAUUGGCAGUGGCCACUGCGCCGUGUGCACGGUGGAUAUGCGUGUGUACACGUGGUCGAUUGGAGGCGCAAUGUCCGAAGUGGACGGAUUUUCCAGCGGACAGCUCGGUCAUGGGAACGUCGCGUCACAGCGCCAGCCAAAGCUUGUUGAGGCAUUGAGCCGACUGCCCUGUACUCAGGUCGCCUGUGGUGAAGACUUCACCUUCUGCCUCCUCAGCAACGGCAACCUCGUUGCGUUUGGCUCCAACUUCAACGGCUGUCUCGGCAUUGGCGAAGACGUCGAUGUUGAGGAAGAUAUCGCCAAGUUUCUCCUGCCGGACGCCGUUGCGGACAGCGACUUGCGCCAAUCAGCACAGACGAGUGCGAGGAGUAGCAGGGCGCAGGUGUUGUCAUCGCUCCGUGACAGCGGGAAUGCGACGGCAGAGAAGGGCGCAGACGUAAGCUAUCAUCACGAAACUGGCAGCACCACAAGUGGCAUCGAGAAUACAGAGAAGAGUCACGAUGAGGUCGCGAGCACUGCGCACGGAAACCGACAGCAGGCCGUAGCGUUGCGCAGUGGCAGCAAUGAUGGUGAUGACGACGACGACAACGCUCGGGAUAGUUUGGGUGCUAGCAGCGAUGAUGAUAAGGGCAAUGCUGAUGAUGGUGGUGGUGGUGGUGGUAAUCAGCCGGUGACGAGCAACAACAUCAAGUCGCCAUUUGAUGACAGCGGAAAUGCAAUCUCGCCAAUCCUCGUCCCUUUCUUCAAAUCUAUGCGGGUGAAGCAGGUUGCGUGCGGGGAGAGCCAUGUUGCCGUCAUCACAGAGGGGCGUGACAUGUACACGUGGGGCAUCGGAGAAUACGGGAAGCUCGGGCUUGGUGAUGAGGAUGACGUGUUCACGCCGACGAAGGUGCACCUGCACACGCUGACGGCGCCCGAGUUUGUUGCGUGCGGUGUUGAUGCCAGCGCUGUUGUGUCGUCGUCUGGGCAGCUCUUCGUCACAGGCAACAACCAGUACAACAAGCUGUGUCUGAACUUCAACGAGAGCGUUCUCUCACAGCGCCGUCGCUCAUCUCUCGCAGAAAAGGGCGUCGGGAAAGGUCACAUUCGGUCGUGCUACAACUUUACGAUGGUGCGCUGGGACGUUCUGCGCUCCGGCGUCGCUCGCGUCUCACUCGGAACAAAUCACAUGGCAGCGUUGACGGUGCGUGGCCGCGUGAUCACAUGCGGUUGCAACUCAAGUGGGCAGCUGGGCACCGGUGACACGCGUCCACGGACCUCCCCCGUCGUCGUGGGCAAGGACUUGCUUGGCGUGAAGGUGGAGUCCGUUGCGUGUGGUGAUUCGUUUUGCAUUGCCGCAACCCGCGACGGCGCGCUGUACGGAUGGGGAUCGGCCGCCAACCACCGUCUGAGUUCACUGGCGGGCGACUCACCGGCUCCCCGCGUCAUCCCGGACAUCACGGGCGUGGCGCAGGUCGUGUGCGAGGGCCCGAUGACGCUGUGCUUGACGGAGGCGGUGCAGAGCUCACGGCGAAUGGCCCCGCUGUCAUCAUCAUCAUCGCGCGAUCCGAACAAGGGCGACCCCUCUUCACUCGUCGGGGCACUGGCACACGGGGACACGUGCAACAACUCAGUGUUUGCUGCGUCAUUCGACAAAGACAACGAGCCCGACAGCACCAAGCAUGAUGAUGAUGGUGACGAUGAUAAUGGCGGCAGCAUUGGCAACAUUCUUCCCGUGGACACCGCAGACACGUUCGCAUCCGAGUCAAUGUUGGAGACAAACAGCACCACCACCACCACCAACAGCACGGGGAAGAUGGUGCAAUUCCGGUGCAAUUCCCCAGGGAUGAUGAUGAUGAUGACGACGACGACAAUGAUGAAGAUGACGAUGAUGACUUGCCACCGUGGCUCAUUGCUGAACUGCAGGGCGAAGUGAUUCCCAUGCGCAGCAACGACAGCGAUGGUAGUGAUGAUGAUGAUGAAGGUGAUGAUGAUGUUGGUGAUGGUAGUCGUGUUGGUGAAGGCGAU